AUGACACACAAUAUCUUCAAGCCGCAUUGGUCCAGGUUCCUAGGCCCCGAGUCCCCAGAUCCUUGUGAAUUCAAAUACAGACCUACUGACGAAUCGAUAUUCACGUCUCCAUACGGUCCCUUUCCGCCUACACCGGAUGACCUCAACAUCCACGAACUUUGCUUCCCGCCGAACAAUCCACUGCCCGAAGACUAUCCUCUCAUCAUCAAUGCAGUUACGGAAGAAGCCGUUACUCUUCACAGCUUCUAUGCUCGAGUCUGCGCACUCGCACGUGUUUUGCGCCAUGAUGGACCAAAUCCACUAGGCUUAGGUAAAAGCCCUGUCGACGACACCGAAGAGGGCGAGAUUCUAGCAUUAUUCUCACGGAAUCAUAUCCAUUACCCAAUGGUAGCACAUGCAUGUUUCCGGUCGCAAUUAGUGUUUGGCGGCAUCAGCCCAGCAAGUACUCCGUACGAGCUAUGGUGGGUACUCAGGAAGAUGCAAAUAACAAGUAUCAUGUGCCACGAAACACUACUCCCAGUUCUGAAAGAAGCAAUCAAACUAGGAUCCGGAGAUGGCGAUAAUCUCCCCUUGAAACUUAAACUAAACCCCGCAAAGAUCAUUGUACUGAGCGACAACCCGAAACUCGAUACCAUAUCCGGAUACCGCACAAUAGAGUCACUUGUACGAGAAGGCUCCCAGCUCCCCGAACACCCACGCAAACUCCACGGCGGAAAACGAAUGGCCUACCUCUUCCAAUCCUCCGGCACAUCCGGUCUCCCAAAGGCAAUGAUGAUAACCCACACCAACGGCCUGCACUCGGGCCUCCAGUCCCUCAUCACCUCCGUCCAAACCGCCCGCUUCACUGGCAAGCCGCCCCUAACCCCCGUCACAACCCUCGGCGUAAUCCCCAUGUACCACUCGUACGGCAUGAUCGUCUGGAUCCUGCGCAUCAACCUGCUCCAAAACACAAUCAUCAUGCUUCCCAAAUGGGACCUGCGCCUCGCCCUGCAAAGCAUCCAAAGGCACAGAAUAACGCAUUUGCAUCUAGUGCCCCCACUCGUCCGCCAGCUCGCCCAGAGCCCCUUGACGCAAGAGUACGAUUUGAGCUCCGUAGUCAGUGCGGGCAGCGGCGCUGCAUAUCUCCCACCAGACGUGGCGUACCAGCUCGCUAAGAAACUGCCGCAAGGAGCUGCCACGCCGAUUCCCAGCGGGUACGGACUCAGCGAGGCAGCCAGCAUCGCUAGUCCGGCUGUCUCCGGUAUUUUCGGACUGGAGCCUGCGUUGCCGGGCACGAUUGGGUACUUACUACCCGGCAUGUCUGCGCGAGUUGUCGAUCCAGACACUUUGAAAGAUGUAGCCAGCGGCGACAAGGGCGAGCUCUGGGCUCGAGGCGCGGUCGUGACGCCGGGGUACUUUAAAGAUGCCAAGGCGACGACUGAGCUGUUUGCGGAGCCUGGGUGGCUGCGGACGGGAGAUUUGGUGAUGCGGGAUGAGUGGGAUCGGAUUCAUUAUCUUGAUCGGAUCAAGGAGAUGAUUAAGGUGAAGGGGUUGCAGGUUGCGGCGACCGAGGUGGAGGAUACGCUGCUGGAUCAUCCCGAGGGUCUUGUAAGGGAUGCGUGCGUUGCGGGUGUCGAUAAUGGGAGGGGUGAUGGGUCGUUGUUUGCUCGUGCGUGGAUUGUUCUUACGGCGGAGGGCUUGAAGAAAGGGGAGGAAGAGGUAGCGAGGAAGUUGCAUGAAUGGGUUCAAGAGCGGUUGAGUCGGCAUAAGUGGUUAACUGGUGGGAUUGAGGUGGUUGAUUCGGUAUGUCUUUGGCUCAAGAAGGAAGUGUUGUUGCUAAUAUUGUGUUCAGAUACCUAG